AUGGUAUUUACUGGUCUAUUGCAUGAUAACGCAGACAUCCCAGCUGAUAUAUAGGCUCAGUUCAUUCAAGUAACAACCUCCUGCCUCUGUUAUUAAUGCUCACUGCGCUUUACAAGGCCGGAGAUUUGGAGGCUGUCGUUUGUUCAGACCAGAUACGGAUUCUCAAAGCGACUUCAAUUGAUCCGGUUCCAUAAAUAUAGACAAAAAUGGUACAUGGGAAAGAGCGCAGUCCAGGACUGGUAACGCCGCUUUCUGCAUCGUUAGGGAACAGCGCUAAACUCAUUUGCUGUGUGUCCAAGGUACUGAAAUCUCUCUAGUCGUCAUUCAGCAGCUCAGAGGGGCUUGUGGGCUGCAUUUACUCCCCCUUUUCAUCUGUCCAGUUUAGCUCUGCAGCGUACAGGGAGAUCGAAGCCCUUCAUUUCUCUCCCAGGCUCUAGGAUUUACUAACCCGCUCUUUAAAGAAAUACGGCUCAUUCCAGGAGAUCACCAGGCAAGGAAAUGUUCCUCCUAGAGCUGGUGUGACGAAUGGGCGCAUCUGGAGGAAGCUGUAGAUAAUUUCACAGUAGGGCCGAGUUUAUCAAUCAAGGUAGCGUUUUUAAUUAGCCGGGUGGAAGAGUUCCCGAACAGUCCGCAAGAUCUGAUAGUUUCACUUUAAUAUGGUUUCGUUUAUGUUUCGCCACACACAUGAUAUUUCUCUCGUCGGCGGAUACUAUGAUUAAGCCACUUGAUAUUUUAAUUCUGGGACAAAGAUGUAUUUAUGUUUCAAUGAGAAAGGCUGAUGCAUUCAAAAUAAAGACUCCUAUGAAUUGUAAGAAAAAGGAUGCUUUAAAGCACAGAUGCUGAUUUUUUUUUUUAUUAUUUUUUUUGGCGGAGGAGCCAAACAUCCAGUUUUCUUUCCGGGGAAGAUUUAGAAUAUGCGACAAAAAUGCACUAGUGCUGCUGUUGACAUAGUGUGGUGUAAAUUUUCUCACAGAAUCAGCUUUCCACAACAGAUUUUUAACUUAUGAAGUUUGGCCUCUUCUUGAAUCCAUCUGAGUUUACCUAAAUAAGGGCCUACUUGCCCCCAAGACCAGACCUAGUUCUCUGAGGAAAUGGAUACUUCUUCCAAACAAUGUCCAGUUAAAAAACGAGUGAAAAUCCAUCCCAACACAGUGACAGUGAAAUAUACAUCCCAUUAUCCCCAACCUGGAGAAGAAGGCUCUGAUGAAACCAGUGAAGAUAUUGGAAGCUUUAUGGAGGACAAUCCAAAAAAAAGAUUGCUGAGUGACAGAAAAAGGAAAGGAAGAGCCUUCUUUGGGAGUAUGGAUAUCCAAUCUCAGCCAGCCCAAGAGAUGAAAACCAAUGAGACUGGACAAUACCAGAAUUUUACAGAAGGAAGCAUAUUUCAGUCCAGAAAGACUUGGAUAGUGCUGUUUGCCUCUGCCUUGACUCAUGGCUGUGUUGCUCUGAUAACUAGACUUGUUUCUGAUCGUUCCAAAGUGCCAUCUCUAGAACUAAUUUUCAUUCGUUCAGUCAUACAGGUGUUGUCUGUUGUUGUUGUGUGUUACUACCACGAGGACCCCUUUGGACCAAAAGGAUACAGACUGCAGCUCUUCUUCUAUGGUGUCUGCAAUGUUAUCUCCAUUACUUGUGCUUACACCUCCUUCUCUAUCGUACCCCCAACCAAUGGGACCAUUAUGUGGAGAGCAACCACCACUGUCUUUAGUGCCAUUUUGGCUUUUUUACUAAUAGAUGAACGAAUGGCUUAUAUAGACAUAAUGACAGUAGUUAGUAGUGUCUUUGGUGUUUGCCUGGUCAUGUUCCCCAAUAUUGUUAAUGAAGAAAACUCUUUGCUCAGUGUCUGGAAAGAAGCCUUUGGCUACACCAUGACAGUUAUGGCAGGCUUAACUACAGCUCUUUCCAUGAUAGUCUACAAGUCAAUCAAAGAUAGGGUCAGUAUGUGGACGGCACUGUUUACUUUUGGUUGGACUGGAACUGUGUGGGGAGCAUCCACCAUGUUUUUUCUUCAAGAACCAAUUAUCCCACUCGAUGGAGAAACCUGGAGCUAUCUCAUUGCUGUCUGCAUAUGUUCGACUGUGGCUUUCCUGGGUGUCUAUUAUGCCUUGAAUAAAUUUCACCCAGCUCUGGUCAGCACAGUGCAACAUUUAGAGAUUGUGAUAGCCAUGAUUCUGCAGCUCGCAGUGCUACGCAUCUUUCCCAGCAUUUAUGACCUCAUUGGAGGGGCCAUUAUUAUGAUUACUGUUGUUUUCCUUGCAUGUUAUAAGCUGUCCUGGAAGAAUUUAGGAAGGCAAGAUUAUCAGGAGAUACUGGAUUCUUCCAUUAAAUGAGUGUCAGUUUGUUGUAGUCUUUAUUGUAACAGUUUCUGCACCACCAUGUCAAUAUUAAUGUUCAUUUACCAUUAUCCUUUGUCUAGUAGAGUGGACAGAGUACUAACUUUCUCGUUCAGAAAUGGGCCAGAUUCAUACUUGACGUAACGAUGUUGAAAUCAGUAGAGUUGCACCAGAGACAAAUUUGUCCCAAUGUGUUAAAUAAUUUUAAAUGUUUCAAUAUGUGAACUUAGAUUUACUCUCAGCUGGUAUGCAGUAGCUGCUAAGAUUAGAUAUAGAGAAUUCUGUCAUAGGAGUCUUUCUGUCAUAGUCCUCCUUGUAUAACAAAAUAUUGAGACAGAAGGAUUCACUAUUGUUAGUCAUUCUGGGCAUUGCUGUUGUAGAAUAUUUUAUGGCAACAAGAAAGUCAUAUGUUGACAUUCACCACUGAAGGAGGAAAUUUGUGUUCUACAGUAACAGUAUACAUUACUUUGCUGAAGCAUGUAAUAUUUUAUAAGUAAGAAUUUUAACAUGUAUAUGAUUAUAAUUCUUUAAAUAUCUGCUGGGAGAAGAGUAAUAAAUAAAGUGAUGUUCUCUGUGUUCUAAUAGUAAAGGUGCUGUCAGAAUCUCCAUAAUAAUCCUUGACUUUGUCCUAAAACUCUCUGUUAGCUGAAAGCUGGAACACAUGAAACUAAAAAAAAGAUAUUCAUGGGCAAAAAUGAAAAGAAAGAUGUGAGGCUAUUUUGGAAUUGUCAGAGUGAAAUGCACUUAGAAGCUAGUUUCAGAUGUUUUUAACUCAGAAAUGUUUCUAGCCAUGUCUAUUAUUGCCUCACUUUCAUAAGCAGAAAAUCCACCUAGCUAUCCGUCCCUCUAUUGACUCACAUUUCCUCCUUGAAUCUUCAGUUUCUUCCCUUGUGUAUGCCACUGUAGCCCCAGGCAAUGUGCCUCCCUCAGACAGGACACCUCUGUCCAUGCCUCUUACCCAAGUCUGGAGCAGAGACCUACUCCUAGACAUAGAUUUGCCUUCUGUGUCCCUAGAGGCUGAAGAAAUUCACUCAUGUCUGGGUUGCAUGGCAUGAAACACCCCCCUUCCCUGACAGUAGUUUCUGGGAAAAAAAGAUUUGUUUAAAAUAGACAGAGCGAGACAGAGAAUCAGAUUAAAUUAAAAGCAGCAGUUUGUAUCACAUGCCUUAUCUGGGUAAUUUCCCAAACCCAGAGAGGCAGGCUCUGGUUGCUUAGCUACAGAAUAAAAAGGAAGCUCUCACAGGUAUAAAGAGCAAGCCCAGUCUCUGACCUCCCUGGCCAGAAUGACACCUUGCUGCUGUGUCCAGAGAGUUCAUUCCUAUCUCACUGCCUUGCAUACGCUUAUUAUAUUCCCUCCCACUUCAGUCCAAGGCAGCUCUCCUUGUUUUCAACCCAAUUUUCUCAAGUAAAGCUUGUAAAGCAGUAAAGCUUGGUGAACAAAUGCAUGAUCCAUCCUGCCAGAGAUGGCCAGCAGAGGAGAUAUAUUUAAACAAUGAGUAAUGCAGCCUCUGUCAUGCCAAAUUCAAGUACAGCCUUCCACAGAUCACUGAGUGCGGUUGUAUCAAGUCUAUCCAGGCCUCUGUUCAAAACCUUUUAUCUCUAUUUUUCCUUGCCAUGAAAUACAAAUCAUUGGCAGAUCUUCUGUCACAAACUUGUUAAGGUAAAAGUUGGUAUGGCUUUUUUAAUGAGUGGUCUCAAAAUAAAUAUUUAGGUGCCAAAAUGUUACCCAAGUAUGAAAAUUUGCCAGUAAUGAUUACUUGUGGUUUUUGCCAAACUGUGCUAAAAUUGAAAGUUGAAGUGAAUGGUUCCAUAACCUAUUUUCAGUCUGCUGAGCUAGCAACAAUCCAGGCAUUUUAAAGGCUUAUUCCUGCUCUAAUUAAAGCUAAUAAUGAAGUUUACAUUGGCUUCACUUGCUGUAAGAUGAUAUGAUAGAACUGUGUUGAUUUACACGAGUUGAUGAUAUCACUCACAUCACAUGCGCAGCGCUUGCAGUCAUCUAACAGAGCAAUGGUCCAGAUCUUAUGGUUUACUUGUUCAUUGCUAAAUUAAUAAAUACAAAAACAGUAUUAUAAAAUAUAAGGUGGAGCUGGCAAUUGUGCCUGCAAUUAAUCUAGGGCCCAAAGUGCACCCUAGAUUUAGGGUUCAGGUUCUUUAUUCAUGCAGCUACUUCUAGUUAAUUAAGAAAAUGAAACUGGUGAAGCAUACACAAAAUC